GGAAGACGCUGCAGCCAGUUCACGAAGACUCUCCAGGCCUCUAUCUUGCUGUUAGUUAAUCAAUAUCCCUCCAGAAAAACAGUGGAUCCCAUUAUUUUCAUCCAUUUCUAAUAUUACCAAUCUCCCCGGACCUUUAUAAGUCUAUCCAGAACAGAGCACUCCGUACAAACGUCUGCCACUCAGUGCUGGACCCUGCGGCGGUGCAAUUGGAUCAUCGCAGAGCCUCUUCCUCGGACACGCGACGUUUCAGGCCUCUCGGCAUCAGCUGCAACAUCUUCGUCCGUUCGAGAAAAGCCACAUUCUUUUCGUCUUCCGCUGUCCUGUCCUCAGCCUCGUUGCAAUUCGGACCUCCGAUAACAUAUGCAAAAUUACUUUCUUUUAGACCUGUUGCGACCUGCAGAUUUCACGCUGUCACCCCCACGGAAAUUCAGCCUGACCUUCGUCAGCCCCCCUUGAGCGGUAGCUCAGUUUUUGCUUCGCAGCAUUUAAACGAGCCACUUUGUGUGGCCAUCCGACAUAGUGCAUUCCUUACCAGGUUCUUCGAGCUCCGCACAGGGGCAGCUUUCCAAAAUUUAUUCACACGAGUCCCGUACGUCUCUGCUGGGGGGUUCCUCGGGUCCUCCCUUGCGGCAAAGUGUCGCUGGUUUCCGCGCAAGGGAAGGCUAUGUCAGUGUGUCACCAAGCAACAGUCGCCGCAAGAUGCUGUACAUUCCCAAUACACGAUGGACCUGGUCCUUCAUCCUAGCGACUCUCGUGCAAACAAUAGUCACUCUUGCUCUUGAAUGCUACGUGUUCGCUAAUUUUCAGGUCCACAUCCAUCGUGACGCCGACGGGGAGACUACAUCCAAGACCAUCCCAACCUUUCUGGCGCUCUAUAUCUUCGGGUUCAUAUACGAAUUGGUCUUGGUGUACGAUGCUCUGCGCCUGAAAAAUACCAUUCAAGUCAUUGGGCUUUGUGCUUGCAACGUUGGUCUUUUGAUCUAUGGUGCGGUCCAGGCACAGCAAAUCAAGGAUGCCGUCUUGCAGCUGGAAAAGGAUCAUAAUAUUAACCAGGAGAUGUGGCCAGAGUCAAAGCCGUUCCUUGUUGCUAUUCCAAUAGUCGUGGUAGUCGGGUCAGCGGUGAUGAUUUUCAUCGCAUGGAAGCUGUACGAUGAGUUCGCAUGGACAAUCUACAAACAUAUCAGUGCCGAUUUGCGAAUGAAGCGCCGAUAUCUUGCAUAUCAGAUCUACAUCGCUCUGCUGAAGUUCGAUUUCUUUUUCUUCCUGGGGUUCACGGUUCAAUUCAUCGUUAUCGUCACGAAGACAGACGUCGAAUUUGCUCUUACAAUCGCUGCGAUACCUGUGACUAUCAUUAUUCUGUUAUUUGCAGCAUUCUUUGUCCGACGCGAAAGCUCACUCGGCAUGGCAGCUACCAUUGUCCUCUAUUUUGCAGCCAUGGCAUACUUCCUCUUCAAAUUAGUCCGGAUGUACACCCCUCCGAAGGAGGACCAAUAUAAACCAGCACGAAGAUCGCUCACGUUCUUCGCCGUCAUCACACUUAUUCUAAUUAUUAUGACGAUUAUGAAUGCUUGCAUAUGCAUGAGUAAUUUCCACAAGGGCCUGAAGCCUCAUAUCAACCGGAAGAAGUCUCGCGGAGAGGCAAAGGAGACAACAGAGCUGUCAACAAAUAUCGCCGGCAAGAUGCCAACAUCCCGAAUGAUGAUCGACUGAGUACCUACAACGAGAUACCCUUUAAUUAAUGCGACGACUGAAGGAUAAAUUUAUUGGCUCAAGGAAAGAAGACGGCUUGCUCUGCGCGCGAAAAUAUACGUAUGAGGAGGAAGAGCCUCCUCGGCAUUCCUUGCUCCCUGGGUCAUGGAGUUUUGUUUCUGCACGAAUAUAAGCAUAUAUCUUUUUAUAACUUUUUUUUUGGAAAAUACAUUGAUGGCGCAUUCUUUUAUCUUUUUAUCUUUAUUUAUUUUCAGAGCUUUCAAUAUGAUACCUCCUUGCUUGAAGCUCUUUGAUGACUAGGUGUACAUUGUUGGUUUUUGCUUCUUCUUCUUUGUCGUCUAACUGAAAUCAUUUGAGAUGAGCCCAUUGGGUUAUAUAUAUUGUCUACUGUUAAUUUAUCUCCUAUUUCCCAAG